AAUUAACAUCCACCACAGUCAGUUCACCAGGCACCUCCUCACUGUGAUGGAGGCAAAAGUCUUAAAGUCUCUGUCUCUUCCCUGCUUGUUCUCCCUCUUUUAUCCCAGGAGGGAAAUACAAGCCAGAAAGACGAUUGCUAAACAGUGAGCAGUAGACAGUGAGUCUGAAGAAGGGUUUUCUCCAGAGAUGCUGCCUGUCCCGCUGAGUUACUCCAGCAUCUUGUGUCUACCUUCGGUGUAAACCGGCAUCUGCAGUUCUUUCCUACACAAUCGGUGUUUUUAAUGAUAUGGGGUUGGUUAAAUACUGGACAAUGAAAUGAUCGAUGGAUUGCACAAAAACGAAAAUCAAAUCGAUGCCUCCGGCAGCCCUGGCAAGCAGAGAGUUAAAGUGCCAAUUUGGAUGGGCAAGCAUCACUCGCUCGCCGGCUCAUCUCCGCUGCCAUUUGUUGUAUCUCUCUCUGCGUCACUCUCGGCUGCAGCCUGGAGCAGUCGAAAGAAGAAAUCGGCGCAGAAGUAAUUCCCCUUUUUUCAUUUUUCCCAGCGCUGGAGACAUCUCUUUGGCCGCCGUCGCCCGCCGCAGCGAGCGAUAGCCUCGCACCUCCCUGCCUCACUCCAUCUCCCCCACCCCAGCCCUACCCUACCCCGAGCAAGCUGAGCCUCCCCACCUCCGAGAGUCAUUGCAAUGAGAGUUGGCGGCGCCUAAGCAAAGUUGCUCAGUUGCUCUCUCCUGCAAGGGCUUUAUAUUCGGGGGUAAUCGACUGCAUAGGCAGUUGAUGUCUCUCCGGCUCCCUGGUUUCUGCUUGUAACUUUGCAGAAACCGCACAGAACAUGUUGUCCAGAAGGUAAAAAAAAAAGGACGGUAUAUAUAUAUAUAUAUAUAAUAUCGAGACGUCAAGUAUCAGAUCCGCAUGUGGGACUCGAACUGGAUCCUCGCAGGGUCUCCGCUGUCUUGUACUUGGAGGGGGAGGGAGAGAGAGGGAGAGCCUCUGCCUUGCAUGAAAGAAGAGCGUUCAGUGACCGGGUUUGAAAGAGUUUUUUUCCCCCUUCGAUGUCUCUCUCUCCCUCUCCCCCUCUCCGGAUGAACCCAGGCGGCGAUGCAGCGGGGGAUUUACAUACCAAAUUAACCCAGCACAAUAUGGCAGAUCUGCACCGUGUUUAGCAAGGAGAGGAGCAACUGCCUUUGUAUUCUGCCAUGCAUAGCACACAGCAUUGCACCGAUGGCCCCAGUAUACCAAGGUCAGGCAGCAUCUAUGGAGGGAGAAACAUAGAACGCUGAACAGCACAGGAACAGGCCCAUCGGCCCGCAAUGUCCAUGCCGAACAUGAUGCCCAGUUAAACUAAUUGCUUAUGCUGGCACAUGAUCCAUAUCUCCUCAUUCCCUGCAUUUCCACGUAUCUGGCCCAGUUGAUAUCAGGCAACUGAAUCAUCCAACCACAACCAGAGAGCAGUGCUGAACUAUUAUCUACCUCAUUGGUGAAUCUCGGACUGUCCUUGAUCGAACUUUGCUGGCUUUACCUUGCUCUAAAUGUUAUUCCCUCAUCAUGUAUCUGUGCACUGUAAAUGGCUCGAUUGCAAUCGCGUAUUGUCUUUCUGCUGACUGGAUAGCACGCAGCGAAGGCUUGUCACUGUACCUCGGUACACGUGAUAAUAAACUAAACUGAACUAUCUAAAAGGCUCUUAACUUCCACUAUUGGCUGGCUCUGUCAUCGCCCCUGGGAGCAUGUUCCAGUCACCCACCAGUCAAUAUUGAAACCACCAAAAUUUCAGGUCUGCUUAUUCUUGAUGAAGGGUCCCAGACUUUACAACUGAGAUGUAACGCUGAGGUGCUGGUCAGGCUGCAUUUGAAGUACUGUGAGCAAAUUUGGGCCCCAUAUCUGAGGAAGGAUAUGCUGGCUCUGGAGACGGUCCAGAGGAGGUUCGAGGUCAGUUUACUGUCAUAUGUACCAAUUACAGUUUACAAGAAUGAUUCCAGGAAUGAGUGGGUUAGCAUAUGAUGAGCGUUUGACAGCACUGGGCCUCUACUCGCUGGAGUUUAGAAGGUUGAGGGGGGGACUUCAUUGAAGGGCAUAGAUAGAGUGGAUGUGGAGAGGAUGUUUCCACUGGUGGGAGAGUCCAGGACCAGAGAUCAUAGCCUCAGAAUUAAAGAGCGCUCUUUUAGAAAGGGGGCGAGGAGAAACUUCUUUAGUCAGAGGGCAAUUAAUCUGUGGAACUCAUUGCCACAGAGGGCUGUAGAGGCCAAGUCAGUGGAUAUUUUUAAGGCAGAGAUCGACAAAUUCUUGAGUAGAACGGGUGUCAAGGGUUUUGGGGAGAAGGCAGGAAAAUGGGAUUAGGAGGCAGAGAUCAGCCAUGAUUGAAUGGAGGAGCAGACUCGAUUGGCCGAAUGGCCUAAUUCUACUCUUAUAACUUGUGAACGUGACUCAUGGUGAUGACUGUUUCACUUCCCACAGUUGCUGCCUGACAAGCUGCAUUUUCCAGCAUUUCUUGUUUGAUUCAGAUUUCCAGCCUCUGUAGUCUUUCGACAUUUACCUACUAGUAAGAUCUUAAGGAACAGGAGUAGAAUUAGGCCGUUCAGCUCAAGAAGUCUACUCCGCCAUUCAAUCAUGGCUGAUCUAUCUCUCCCUCCUGACCAUUAGGAAAGCAUGCACAACUGACUGAAUAGUGAGAGCGAGAUGGAGAAUCAGAUCUGAAGGGAUACAAGGACGUAUAAGAAAUGAAGGUGUGGGCUCACAAGUGGAAGUCUUUUCCCCUCACACAAUUCAGUCAAGUGCCUUCUGCAGUGUGAAGAAGCUGAAACUGGAGCCGGGUUCUAAGUGGGAUAUGACCGGGUAUGGUUCGCACAGUAAAGUCUACACCCAGAGCAAGAGUACGACCAUCUCGCAGUCGACAGUCAGCGCCUCUCUUCAGAUUACCAACCCCACGCUGACCUACGAGCAGACGGUGAUAUUCCCGGCCAGCGCCGGUCACAUUGUCUUCACCACCGCCAACAGCACGUCGGGCCUGGUGGCCGUUUCCGCCCAGGCCUUGGGAGGUCCUCAGAACCUGACCCGCCGCAUCACCGUGCGCCUCCUCGACACCUACCAGAAAUGCAGCCUGAAGCGGAAGAGUGAGGAGCUCGAGAACACCAGCAGCGUGCAGAUCAUCGAGGAGCAUCCGCCAAUGCUUCAGAACGCCACCAGCGGCACCACUGUUGCCACGGCGGCCACCUCCACCGCCACCUCCAAGAACAGCGGCUCCAACAGCGAGGGCGACUACCAGCUCCUGCAGCACGAGGUGCUCUGCUCAAUGACCAACACGUACGAGGUGUUGGAGUUCCUAGGCCGAGGGACGUUUGGCCAGGUGGUCAAGUGCUGGAAAAGGGGCACCAAUGAGAUUGUGGCCAUCAAGAUCCUGAAGAACCACCCGUCUUACGCACGACAGGGUCAGAUCGAGGUCAGCAUUCUGGCCAGGCUAAGCACGGAGAGCGCCGACGACUACAACUUUGUCCGGGCCUACGAGUGCUUUCAGCACAAGAACCACACUUGCCUUGUCUUCGAGAUGCUGGAGCAGAACCUGUACGACUUCCUGAAGCAGAACAAGUUCAGCCCGCUGCCCCUCAAGUACAUUCGGCCCAUCCUCCAGCAAGUGGCCACCGCUCUGAUGAAGCUCAAGAGCCUGGGGCUGAUUCACGCCGACCUCAAGCCCGAGAACAUCAUGUUGGUGGACCCCGUGCGGCAGCCCUACCGAGUCAAAGUGAUAGACUUCGGCUCAGCCAGUCACGUGUCCAAGGCCGUCUGCUCCACGUACCUACAGUCCAGGUAUUACAGAGCGCCGGAGAUCAUCCUGGGAUUGCUGUUCUGCGAGGCGAUUGACAUGUGGUCACUAGGGUGCGUUAUCGCAGAGCUGUUCUUGGGGUGGCCGUUGUAUCCAGGGGCGUCGGAGUAUGAUCAGAUCCGGUACAUCUCACAGACGCAAGGGUUGCCAGCAGAGUAUUUACUAAGUGCAGGGACAAAGACAACGCGGUUCUUCAACAGAGAUCCCGAUUCAUCGUAUCCACUGUGGAGGCUUAAGACACCAGAAGAUCAUGAAACAGAGAUGGGAAUCAAGUCGAAGGAGGCAAGAAAGUACAUUUUUAAUUGUUUGGAUGAUAUGGCACAGGUGAACAUGACCACGGAUUUGGAGGGAAGUGAGAUGUUGGCAGAGAAGGCGGACAGACGGGAGUUUAUCGAUCUGCUGAAGAAGAUGUUGACCAUUGAUGCAGACAAGAGAAUUACUCCGAUUGAAACACUGAGCCAUCCCUUUGUCAUGAUGACCCAUCUACUGGAUUUUCCUCAUAGCACACACGUCAAGUCCUGCUUUCAGAACAUGGAGAUUUGCAAGCGAAGGGUUAAUAUGUACGACACAGUGAACCAGAGUAAGACACCAUUCAUCACACAUGUAGCUCCAAGCACAUCGAACAAUCUUACCAUGACCUUCAGCAACCAACUCAGUGCAGUUCAAAACCAGGCCAACAGUCUGGCUCCCACAUCCACAAGUGCCACUCUUUCCCUUGCCAAUUCUGACGUCUCCUUACUUAACUACCAAUCUGCACUUUACCAGCCUUCAGCAGCUUCCAUGGCAGCCGUUGCCCAGCGGACCAUGCCUCUGCAGUCUGGAGCCUCGCAGCUGUGUGCCCGACCUGAUCCCUUCCAACAGGCCUUAAUUGUGUGCCCGCCUGGAUUUCAAGGAUUGCAGGCCUCCCCUUCCAAGCACGCUGGGUACUCGGUCCGAAUGGAGAACGCUCUUCCUAUCGUCACGCAGGCUCCAGGAGCUCAGCCACUUCAGAUCCAGCCCGGCCUACUAACACAGCAAACUUGGCCCAGUGGGACCCAGCAGAUUAUUUUACCUCAAGCAUGGCAGCAGUUAACAGGAGUAACGACUCACGCCUCAAUGCAGCAUGCUGCUGUUCUUCCAGAGACAAUGGCUGGAACCCAGCAACUAGCAGACUGGAGGAACGCCCACCCGCACACAAGCCAUUACAACACCAUCAUGCAGCAGCCGGCUCUGUUGGCAAGUCACAUGACGCUGCCAUCCGCUCAGCCGUUGAACAUUGGCGUGGCUCAUGUAAUGAGACAGCAGCCCACCUCAAGCUCCUCGUCAAAGAAGAAUAAGCAGCAGUCCUCCACCAGGAACACUUUCACCUAUGAAGUUUCCUCCUCCCGAAACUACACCUCGCACUCACCCCAGCGCUCGAAACGCAUCAAGGAGAACACUCCCCCUCGCUGUGCUGUGGUGCAGGACAGUCCGUCCUGUAACACCUUGACGUGUGGCUGGGGAGAGGCCACCAGCACAACCCACGAGAACCAGAGGCAGACCAUCGUCAUUCCCGACACACCCAGCCCAGCGGUCAGCGUCAUCACCAUCAGCAGUGACACGGACGAUGAGGAAGAACGCAAGCGGGUACCCAACAGGUCAUCCAAGCAGAGGAAGAAUGUGAUCAGCUGUGUGACGGUCCAUGACUCACCAGACUCAGACUCCUCGAGCAGCAACAGCCCGACAGCAGUGCGUCAGCGGCACACCAUCGGGAACAGCACCGCCUACAACACAACCAAAGGACAGCCGGACAGCCACUAUGCUGCAAAUCCACGCACUAUCAUCGUUCCUCUCCUCAAGACGCAGUCAAGUGACAUUGUGGUGGGAUGUGAUCGCCUCGUGUCAGGUGUACAGGGGCAACAUUCAUUGGGGCACAAGACCAAAAACUCCAGCACAAUAACAUCUAGUACAAGUCAUUCCUUAGGGAGUUUCUCGGGGAUAUCACCUUACCGGCAACAGAGGUCAAUAGCCCAUUCGUUACAACAGCAGCCACUUAAUCUCAGUCAGGCUCAGCAACACGUGACUAUACCGGAGCGGAGUGGGAACCAUGGACAUCGACGGCAGCAGGCUUACAUCACGCCGACCAUUGCACAGGCUCCGUACUCAUUCCCGCACCGUAGUCCUUCGCACUCCACUGUGCAUCCUCACCUGGCAGCAGCUCACCUACCGGGCCAGCCUCACCUGUACACCUAUGCCACACCCGCCGCCCUGGGUCCCACAGGAACAGUGGCUCACCUUGUGACGUCGCAGGGUUCUGCCAGGCACGCCUAUGCGACCCACCCUGGGGGAAUUGUUCACCAAGUGCCCGUUGGCAUGGGGCCAAGAGUACUGCCAUCUCCUACCAUACACCCGAGUCAGUAUCAGCCCCAGUUUGCUCAUCAGACAUACAUCAAUGCUUCGCCAGCCUCAGCUGUCUACACAGGAUACCCACUGAGCCCAACCAAGGUAAACCAGUACCCCUACCUUUAAGACUGGAGAUCAGUAAGACGUUGUACUGAAUUAAAACAAGCAGCAAUGCAUCUCACAUUUGGGAAGGUACUUCAGAAACGGGCUGCAAGGAAGUGUGUCCGGUCAUGGAAUGAGGAAAACAAAUUUGUUUGGGAAAUUUGUUUUUUUGAAAAGAAAUCACCAAAACUUGAGUCUGCUAAUUGACUUCGGGUCAAUGACGAAGAUGUUCAAAGAGGAGUCGAUCAAUGGAAGGGUGGGGGACAUUAAGGAUCUACAACCUGGAAGCGACUCUCAGAGUUUGGUUGACUUUUAUCAGUGAAGUUCAGUAAAUGUACAACAGCUGUUGACUUUCCCAAUUUUACUUUCUUUUUAUUUUUGUUUUGAAAAACAAAGAGCUGCUCUUCCUUUUCUAAAUAAAACAAUCUUUGUGAAGGUAAAGGUUGCCAGGACCCCUUAGAAUGUAGAGUCAAGGAAAGCUUCAUUCAUUGACGCAAUACCAAUAGAUAUUACUUGUGAUUACACAACCGUGAUUCAGCCUAACUCUGUUCUUAAGGUGUACUAGUCGUGUCUAUUCAGAGCUCCAGUGUGUAUGUGUGUGUGUGCGCAUGUGUGCUGAUUUUCUUGUCUGUGGUUUCUUUAGUAGCGAGCUUCCUGGCAUAGACAUGGUUUUGAACAUAUUCCCUUGUAGUGCCUUACAGAAAAGGAUGAGAGUUCCACCAGAUUUCGUACAGAUUAAUGUUGGGACAGUCCUCCUAAUUAUGACUCUUGGGCAUUAUGAUCUUGGGUGGUAGGAGGGACUAGUUGUAGGAGACCAAUGGAAGGUGGGGGUAGGGAGGGGUUAUGGGCGGUGAUUGGUGAGAGAGAGGGAGUGCACACAUCCCAGCAUAUAGCAAUCUUCUGGCAGAACUCUGUGGGUCAGGCAGCAUCUGUGGAGGGAAAUGAACAGUUGAUGUUUCAGUUGAGACCCUACCUCUGGAUUGAAAGUGUAGAGGGGAGAUCGCCAGUGAUUGCUGGAAGUAACCAUGGGCUGAAGAUGAAGGAAUUUGACGAGGAACCAAGGUGGAGUGUGUGACCAUAUAAGGGAGGUGUGGUGGGCAGGUAGGGACAGAGAGAGGGGCUGGAAAGGGGCACGAUGGGAAGAGUGUGUGAGGCUCUUCCUCAUCCACACCAUCUGCCCAUCACUGACACACUCCUCCCAUUGAGUUCACUCUCACUUUUCGAAUCUGCCCACCCCACCUUCCUUAUUUGGACCCACCUUUCACCAUUCCAUCAUCUCGGCCCCUGAUUACCUCCACCAGUAACCAAACCCCCACCCGAGACUCUAUUGAUACCUCCACCCCUCUCUUCCCCACCUGACCCCAUCCACAUCCCCUCACCCAGAGCCACUUAUCAUGUGCCUGCUCUUACCCUACCACCUCGACCAUAUACUGGUUUUGCUCCCUUCCACCCUUUCCGACCAGAGGAUGGGUCUCAACCUGAAAUGUCAAUUGUCCAUUUCCUUCCACAAAUGCUGCCCUACCCGCUAAGUACCUCCUGCAGAUUGUUUUUUGAGCUCUGGAUUCCAACAUCUGCAUGUCUAAUGUCCCCACUUGUUUUCUUGCAUCACCAUUUCCGUUGUGUGCAACGUUACAGGUUCCAAUUCCAUAGGUUUUGUCUUCUCAUGUCUAACUAUUGUCAGUGGAAGAAUAUAAAAUCUCAAAGAAGAAUGCACAGUUAGCCCUUUAAGCACACUCACAGUUUCCAUGUGAUUAAUGAUGAUGGGUGGCUUCCCCUCCCCUCUGCACAUUGAUUUGCCAAUUUUUUGAAACAUCAAUCUCCCUGAAAAGUAAUCAAGUGUCGCCAAUGAUAAAAUCACCAGUGUUCCUGCCCUCUUAAAGAUGCCAAUUGUCGUGAAUCAAGUACCCUCUUCAAUUAAUUGGUGCAGGCAGGCAACACUCGCAUAGAUGGAUAUACAGCAUCACUAACCCUGUCCUUGGCAAAACUGUUGGACUGGGUAAAUGGAGAAUAGAAAAUGUAAGGAGGCAAGGUCACAUAAAGUUGCUGUGCCCCACAAUAUUCAAAGUUAUGGGAUGAAGAUUUAUUAGUUUAUGUGGAAUGAACACAUUCCGGGGUCAUCUUUAGAUAUAAAUCCUCCCAGACUACCCUUCUGUUCUUUUUCACCAAAAUUAAUUAUUUCUUACUUGGUUGAAUUAGUGUUUUCAUUUUGAUAUCAGCCAUGUGUUUCAACUAAACAAGCAAUUUUCUGCCAUCAACCACUGAGAACAUAAUUAUCUGCUCAAUCAUUGGACUUAGUUUCCUGUUGUCCACAAUAUUAACCAUGUUGCAUCCAACCCAAGCAGGACUUCAAUUACCUGCUAUUUUUUGUCUCUAGCCCAUCCAAUUUCAUACAAUACUGACCAGCCUUGACCUAAUCAUAUGGUGCAAUAAGCUUAUGGGCAAAAUCGCCUGCUCCUUUUCUAAUUCUUUAAUUGCCUGGGUGAAUGUUUUUUUUUUGGUACCUUGUUGGAAUCUCACCUGGAAUCACAGCUCAGCCCUAUCUUGUCCAAAUGUGCUGGCAGGUGUGAAGGUAUGGGGCUGAGUGUUCUGCUACACCUGCCCAAUGUACUCAAGCAUUAAAACCAAUAAGGCUCCACCUUACUUAGUUUAGUUGUGGCCCUUGCCUGAAGAUAGGACCAGCCUGUGCAAAGGGUUUCAACAGCUCACUGAUGACAGGCAGGGAGGUAAAUGAAACAGAUAGUUUGAGAACACAAUACUAGUGAUUUUGAUCAGCUCUGACCCAUGACAUUUCAGUGCUGAGUUUGACCACCAUCUGGUGGUGAAAAGCAUCGUGAUUCUGUAUGUGUGCUUGUGUGUGUUGGGGAAUAAAAGGCAGAUUGGAAAUAUAGGAACCUUUUAAAUUGGUACAGUGUCAUGAGCAAAGUAGGCUUUUUCUUGAAAAAUAUCUUAUGGAAAAAAAUGUUUUGUUUUUUUAAUAAUAAGUAUUUCCUUGAUCAAUACACAAUUUGUGACUGACAUUUUUAAAAGAACAUUUCAGAUUUUUUCUUGUCAGUGAUAGGUUUUACAUGUAGCUGCUGUUUUGAAUAGUCUGAAUUAGCAUUGAUUUUGUUUUUAUACCUUGCCUCUGGUUUUCUUUCUGGUGACAACCAGCUCCACAUAUUUUUGUGGAAAAUAUUUAAUUUCUUCCUUGCUGUUUACUUCAAACAAUGUUGUAUUUAUUUCCUUUUUGAGCAGUGUUGUCCAAUACAAAAAACUACUAUCCACAGGGCUCCCUUUAGAUAGUCAUAGCAAUCUGGACUCAUUUUUAAUAACAGACACUCUCCCAUCCUGAUAAAUGUGAAACACGUGUACAUUCACUUAACAAACAUCUAGUACCCUUCAGUAACUAAACAAGCAAUGCAGUCCUAAUGAUCAACACUGACUCUAUUUAUCAUCUUGCCAUUCUACCAAGAAAUGCACAAAAGAAUCACUUGGGUAAGUCAUGUGAAUGUGACACCAGUGGCAAUUCUAUUUUUGAUAUUUAAUCCAACUCUUUCUCGAUUACCAUGUGGCUAGUGGCUAAGGUAUUUGGCAACACUGCUUAGGGGCAGAUGACUAGUAGAGAAUUGAAGGAGUUCGGAAUGCACUUCUGCACACAGACGACGUUGUAUUUUUAAAGGACAGGUGAGCUGUGUCAAUUGGGUUGCGACUGGUCUGGGAAGAAGUGCAUUGCAACUUUUCGAAAAUUCAAACAUUGUCGAGUUGCGACAACUGUUACUGUACGUUCUGAAGGCUGGGUCUUGCUUUGGACCUAUCAGUAGCCAGCUUCAACCCUGUUGGGGAAAAAAGUUGGUUCUGAGUGAGAAUGGAGACUCAAGGAAAAGAACGAGUAAAACAUACUUGCAAAAACAAGAUGGCUCUUGUCACCAAAGAAAUCACGUUGUAUUGCUUCAUAUUUUCUUUGCUGCCCCUUGACUACUUGGUUGUUUCAUGAAGCUUUCUUUACCCUGUUAGGAGGAGGGAGCUGGAACUUGUUCCUCCUCUUGUGUAACUAACACUUAUUUCCUAACUUCAUUUUUUGUCUUUAGUUUGGAAUUUCUUAGUUUAAUGAUGACUGGCAUUGCUGCUAUUUUGAUGUAUUUAUACAUUUGAGUGAGUCCAUAUCUGUUCUGUGUGUAUAUACAUAUAUUUAUAUAUAUAUAUAUAAAAAAAAGAAAACAAAUGUUCCUAAUCAUUAAAUCCAUGAAGGGGCUCAAAAAUCUACUGAGUACCAGGAAAAGUGAGCUGUCUGCACAGUUUAGUUCUUGAGUCACGUGAGAAUCGAUUUUUAUUCUGUUUAAUGAAUUUGUACAUGUACCUUUUAAAAACUUUUUGAUGCAAAUGUUCAUCAGUUCAAUGUCGACCAAAAACCCUCGUCCACAACCCACCCGCCAAGGCUGGUGGACAGAUCAGCAUUAACUUUGGGAGGAAUAUCCAAUCACACAUGCAAAUAUUUUGUCAUGGAACAAUGUGUGGCUGAAGUUUCUGGGUAGCUUGAAUCCAUUCGGUGUUGACUUUCAUAAUGCUUACUUACUUACUUUAGAUUCUUUGCUGCUCACUGUACGUUGGUUAAGACGAACCGGUAGACUUUAUGCUUGUUAAUCCAAGUGAAUUGCUAUGGCAGUGGUGCAUUUUGAGCACCUUUACGAUUCGGCUGAAAGUGCCUUUGAUUCAGAAGACCUUCUAUGUAUAUUGGCAAUAGUGCAUUGCUUUUAACAAAAAAAAAUGUGGGUUUCCUACAUGCAGCAGUUCUCUGAUGCCAAGCAUGGAGUGUAGAGAUAACUACAAAACUGGCAACAGUCCUCCAAUGCAGGCCCCCUUGGCACCAACAUUGUUCUGUUAAACAGAAAUGCUCCUGUGCUGGAGAUAUUAUAACAAGCAAAGAGUUAUAUAGAUCGGAGGUGAGAAACCUGGAAUUUAAAGAGAUGGUACUAUACCAAACAUUAGUGGAAGCAACCCAGGAGAGACACUGUGAUGUUGUAACAAAUGGUCUCUUUUUCUAAUUUCCUUCAUUAAAAGUUCAAGAGAUGGUAAUAAUAAUAAUAAAAGAUUGUUUGGGAGAUAUGGGGAUAUUGUGAUGAAACUGCCAGGAUUGACCAUACCUGGGCAAACAUUAGAAUGAAUUUGGGAUUUAGAUGGAAUAUCCUCCCUCAUGUUCCCCGCCUCUUUCUUAAUUACAUCUACGACUUUGCAUAAAAAUCUUUGAGAGCCAGAAACAUGUCUUGGAACUGCAGGAGGGGAGGGCAUUUGCAUUUCAGCAACACAGAAAUAACAUUCAUAUGUUAUUUUUAGCUGCUGAAUUGCAAAGAUUUUUAUGGUUCCUGCCUUGGAAUAGAUCAAAUUUAUGGCUGAUAAUAAUUUUGUGAGAAGAUUCUUUUUAUUACACAAACUAAACCAAACUAAACUCCACCAAGUACAAAAGGGGUUGAUUUAGUCCUUCAACCAUAAUACAUUUGACAUAGGUGGUGGUGUAAAGGGGUCUCUUUUCCCUGAAUGGCUUCAGCCCUCCCCUCCCCUCUCUCCUCUUGUCCUAGGUCCUUGCUACCAUGCUGAUUAAUUUGAUGCCUUGCUCAAGGAGCCGAUCUACUCUUGCGGAGGCAAGAUUUACAAGAGCAUUAAAUGUAGAAUAUCGACUGACACAGGAACAAACAGGUCUUUCUGAUGUUUCCAAUGUUGGUCCUGUUCAAAGUAACUCACCCAAUACAGAUCUUGUACUUUCUUCUCUGUUCCUACUCCUUGACUGAAUUUAGUGAGCCAUCUGGGAAGCACAUUAUUGAACUAUUAUAAACAUUUUAAGCUCUUUGAUCAUCUAUAAUACAUACCAACUCCAGUUCUGUAUUGAGGGUAUAGUGAUGUUGAUAACAUGUACAUGCAGCUGAGUUGAUAAGAAGGGAGAUGGGUGUGAUGGUUUCAAAAAGUAGAGAAUUGCAGUAUGAUGAUGAAGUUAGAUAUGAGUCAAGGUGACACAAUUAAUGAAGCAGGACAAUUGCAGUGUGCACAAUUCACAAAAAUGAAAAAUGAGGGGUACUGUAGUUUGAAUGUGGUUGGUAUAUAUUAUAGUUGCAUCUUUAGAUGCUUCUGAGUGAAGAUUUAAUGCCUGUCGUUGCUUCAUCUUCCAGUAAAACUAUAGUUAUUUACUUAUUGUUAAUUACUCAGUACUUGCCACCUGUAAAAUACACAUUGACACCAAAAUUCUACUUCAAGCUUUGGAGAGAAUCCUGAUCCCUUGAUGAGAACCAAGCCUGGCUGCUGUCUCUGCUUCAUUCACACAUCACAGAAUAUAAACAGGCCAAGAAUUGGCAGGUUCUAGUGAAGAGAAUAAAGAGCAGCACGGCAGUAAAAUAAAAUGUCCACCCUGCUCUGAUGACUUAGUCAUGACAUGACUACAUUGGAAUGUCCAACUCCCCCAGCCCAAUUCAUAUUUCAUGGCCUUCUCACACUAUCCUGAUCUGCUAAUACUGUUUAUGUGAACACUGCACAACCUUCCUCAACCCACUCUAUAUUGCCACACUUGAUCACACUAUCCUGUCAAUACCAUUCACACUGACCAACUCAUUUUUAACUAUCAGCUUGGUCUGCCCACAUCAUUCCACCGUUUCACAGUCCUUAGACCAAGUUGUUUUGCAUUACCCAUUUUUAGGCUGCCCACACUGUACAGUUUAACCCCAAAUGUUUCUACUCUCUUACAUACCUGGCUAAUAAACGGACGAGCAGAACUCAAGGCAGAUAAUUGUAGAAACAAGGAACUGUAGAUGCUGGUCUUUCCUUGGAAGAUAAUUGGUUUUCCGCUCUAGUGAGCCAGUGAUAGUAAUAACCAAGGAAAGAAUCAAAUAAUAAUAAAUAAUAUUGAAUGAGUAACUUAAAAUAACUUAAAAUAGAUAACUUUUCAUCUAUCAAAAAAUUUAAAAGUGUUUCUUAUCCUCAAUUUCUUGGUAAACACAAUAACACAAGAAAAUAGGAAAUUGCCAGUUCUCUCAGGGCAGCCCCGGCAUUCGAUAUGGUCAUGGCUGAUCUAUGUUGACCUUUUCUGUGCCAGUUCCCCAUAACCUUCACAACCUCAAUCUUUCAAAUGUUUAUCAAUCUCCGUCUUAAAAAUAUCCUAUGAUCUGGCAUUGACCGCCCUCAGUGACUGAGAAUUCCAGUGAGAAGAAAUUUCUAUACGCCUCAGUUUUAAAUGACUGACUCCUUAAUUUGUAGCCAAGUUCCCUUGUAUGUGACUCUUCCACUGUUGAGAACAUCUUAACAUCUACCUUGCUAUGCCUCCUUAGGAUUUUAUUUGUUUGAAUAAUGUCACUCCACAUCGCAAUAAACAUGGAAUACAGACCCAAACUAUUGAGCCCCUCUUGAUCGGACAACACUCUCAUCCAAGAAAUCAGCCUGGCAACCAUCCUUUGGACUGCUUCCAAUGUUACUUUGUCUUUUGGGUAAGAUGACCAAAACUGUGCACAGUAUUCCAGGUGUGGCCUCACCAAUGUCCUGUACAACUGUACCAAAGCCUCACUAUUUUUCAAAUCUAACUCUUUCACAAUAAGGGCCAAAAUGUUGCUUGCCUUUCUAACUACUAGUUUGAUCUGCCUACAGCUGAUUAUGAUUCAUGCAGAAAAACACAUAGAUCCCUCUGAACUUCUCUCGUUUUCAGUCUCUCUCCAUUUAGAUUACAAUAAUCCAUUUUUUGAUUUGUCUUGCUGAAGUGCAUGACCUCACACCUUAAAUUUCAUUUGCCGGGUUUUCACCAAAUUACUCAAUCUAUAUAUCCAAUUUCACAAUCACACUCCCUUAUCACAAUAUGCUCUUUCACCUAUUGUUCUAUCAUUGGCAAAAUUGGAAACCUUAAAUUUUGUUUUUUACUCCAGGUUAUUAAUGUAAACAGUUGAGGGUCCCACACCACCCCAACCCACAUAUGGUUUAUGUAACUGUUGGUUUUCAAUCCAUACUAACGUACUUCCUCAAUAGUUUGGGUUCUUAAUUUAUGCAUCAGUCACUUAUGUGGAACAUUGUCAAAUGCACUUUGAAAAUCUAAAUACAUCUACCGAUGCUCUUCUAUCAACUCUCCCCCUCACAUCCGCAAAGAAUUGGAGCAAAUUGGUCAAUGAUGAUUUACCAUUCAUAAAAACAUGUUGACUAUGUUUGAUUAAAUUUGGCUUUUCUAAAGGAUUAGUUGUUCCUCUUUCAUUAUUGACUCCAGCAUCUAGUCACCAGUAAAUAUGAAUCCAAAUGGAUUUUCAAGCCUCACCUUCUGUCUUCCUUCCUCGUUGAAUAGAUUUACAUUGGCUGUUUUCCAAUCUUCUGACACCAUCCUGGAAGUUAGCAAGUUUA